AUGUCCGACCUCACUGUUGACCUCACGGCCCCCAAUGGGGUCAAGUAUGCGCAGCCCAUUGGCUUGUUCAUCAACAACGAAUGGGUCAAGUCUGCAAAGGGCGAGAAGCUCGUUAGCAUAAACCCUACUGACGAGAGCGAGAUUGUGUCAGUGUAUGCCGCAGAUGAGGAAGACGUCGACAGCGCUGUCAAGGCGGCACGCAAAGCCUUUAAAGACCCUUCAUGGCGGGACAUUUCAAGCACUGAGCGUGGUGAUCUCCUGUUCAAGCUGGUGGCCCUUUGCGAAGAGCACAAGGAAGUUCUUGCAACCAUUGAGACUUGGGAUAACGGAAAGCCAUACCAAGUUGCGCUCAACGAGGACCUGGCGGAAGUCACGGGGACGCUGAAGUACUUCGCUGGUUAUGCGGACAAGAUCCAUGGACAGGUCAUUGACACUACAUCCGCAAAACUUGCCUACACAAUCCGCGAGCCCAUUGGCGUUUGUGGUCAAAUCAUUCCUUGGAACUAUCCCCUGGCGAUGGCAGCUUGGAAGCUCGGUCCAGCACUCGCCGCUGGCAACACUGUUGUCAUUAAGGCUGCUGAGCAGACGCCGCUCUCCAUUCUCUACUUCGCUAACCUGAUAAAGAAGGCUGGCUUCCCUCCUGGUGUUGUCAAUAUCCUCAACGGCUACGGCCGUAAAGCCGGAGCUGCCAUUGCCUCGCACAUGGAUAUCGAUAAGAUCGCCUUCACUGGCAGCACGCCCACGGGUAGAGAGAUUAUGAAGAUGGCGGCUGGUAACUUGAAGAACAUUACUCUUGAGACGGGCGGCAAGUCCCCUCUGCUCGUAUUCGACGACGCCGAUUUGGACCAAGCCGUCAAGUGGGCACAUGUUGGUAUCAUGUCCAACAUGGGACAGAUCUGCUCUGCUACCUCCCGUGUUCUGGUUCAGGAAGGUGUCUAUGACAAGUUCAUCUCCAUGUUCAAGGAGUUUUGCAAGACCACCAGCAAGGUCGGCAACCCCUUCGAGGAUGACACUUUCCAGGGUCCUCAGGUCACCAAGGCUCAGUACGAGCGCGUGCUUUCGUACAUUGAGUCAGGCAAGUCUGAAGGCGCAACUUUGGCAGCUGGCGGUGAGCCACACAAGAACGUCAACGGCAAGGGUUUCUUCAUCGCCCCAACCAUCUUCACGGAUGUCAAGGAUGACAUGAAGAUUUUCCGCGAAGAGAUCUUCGGUCCUUUCGUCGUCAUCAGUUCAUUCAAGACAGAAGAAGAGGCCAUUGACCGCGCAAACGAUACCACCUACGGCCUCGGCAGUGCUCUUUUCACACAAGACAUUACCCGAGGCCACAGGGUGGCAAGGAAAAUCGAGGCCGGCAUGGUUUGGAUCAACUCUAGCAAUGAUAGUGACUUCAGGAUUCCGUUUGGAGGUGUCAAGCAAAGCGGCAUCGGCAGAGAAUUGGGCGAAGCUGGACUUGAGGCCUACACAAACAAAAAGGCGGUGCACGUCAACCUUGGGACUAAGCUGUAA